UAAUACAUUUAAUAUUGAUUUGACCGUGAAUCAGAAAGAAACAUCAUUAUUAAUCUCAUCAGAUGGAUAUAAACGCUCUUCCUGAUAUUUGUUUCUAUCGGAUACUUGAAUAUCUGACAAUUGAUGAUCGUAAAAAAAUUUCGAAAAUUUUCCACAAACAUUAUCAAUUGAUUCGUUUGUUCAAUAAUGAUCGUUUGAAACAAAUAAAAUCGAUUGGUAUUUAUAAUAUUGAUGUUCAAGAAAAAUUAAAAUCAUCUUAUCCGGGGAUAUUAUCUCGGAUUAAAAAUCAAAAUAAUGAAUUAUUAGAACGUUGGUAUUGUAAUAAUCCUGAACAUAUACCUCAAGAAUUUUUCUCUACCAAUUUAGUUCUCCAUAAACAGUGUCCAGAUUGUCAAGAAUCAUUGUUGAAAUGUAUUUUGAAAAAAUGUUCAUCACUUGAAUCAUUGGAUCUGAGAGGAUUUGAAUUGACAGCCGAUAUUGCCUACUGUAUUUGUAAACAUUGUCCAAAUUUACAUUGUCUAAAAUUGGAAUUUAUAUCAUUCAAAUCAUCAUUAGAUGUGGAUAAAUUUUUAUGCUGUUUAGGCAAUCAAAUUCGUCAUCUUUCUAUUGAUAAUUUAUUUAUCAAUAGUAAUUUUUUUCAUUAUUUAUUUCAUCAUUCAUCAUCGAUACUAAAUCAAUUACAUAUGACCAUAUAUCUUCGACAUAAUAAUGAUCUGGAUUCAUUACCGAAUGCAUUCGAUCAAUUGAAUGGAAAUUUAGAAUUUUUAUCAUUAAAUUUUUUUCGAAUUCCACAUAAGAAAACUCUGAAAUUACCUCAUAAUUUUUUAGAUAAUUUGGCAAAAACUUCUUUGGUACGAAAUCUUCGUUUUCUCAAGAUAAAAUCUAGUUACCAUUAUCGUGAUAAUUAUGAAAUAUUUGAAUCAGCGAAAAAAUUUGAAAAUUUAAUAGCACUGAAUUUUAAUUUUAUGAUCUAUCAUAAUAUGCUAUUGAAAUAUAAUAUGGAAAAUUCAUGGUUAAAAUUGAAAAGUUUAACAUUGGAUUUCUAUCUGCUCAAAGGUUCGAAUAAUCUUCUGAUUCAAUUUCUAAAUGGUGGUUAUCAUCAAAAUCUAUCGAGAUUACGUUUAUUAGAUCUGAAAUUUCGUCCAAGUUUUGCUCGACAUUUAAAUGGUAAACAAUUACCAAAUUUAAAUCAUUUGGAACUUAUUAAUGUUGUUUUAGAGGCUCCAAGCUUGAUCUCAUUAUUUUCAUCGUUGUUGUCCAUGUGCAAAUUACAAUCAUUACGAAUUGAAUUUAUAUUGAAAGAAUUGAUUGUCAAAAACAUUGAUCAACUACAAUAUCAAAAUGAUUCCGAAUCAUUAUAUCAAUUUCCUGAGGAACAGGUGAAUUUGUUGGAAAAAUUCAUCCAACAACAUUCCAGCAUCGAAUCAAUAUUUUUAAUCGAUUGGCCUGGUUUAAAGUUGAAUCAUCUCAUCCAUUUAAAUCAAAUUGCCCAAGAAAAUAUGAUAAAUUUCAUCUAUAAAUGUUAUAAUAAUUGAAAAUAUUUUUAAAAACUAAAUCAAUGUUUUUUUAAAAAAUGUCUAU